AUGUUUCCCUUUCCCUCUACUUUUCACUCUUCCUCUCCAAUUUCCAUCUCUCUCUCUCUCUCUCUCUCUCCCUCUCUCUCUCUCUCUCUUUCCAUACCUUUAUCUCCCUCUCCACUUUCUUUAUUUCGUUUUUCUCCUUUCUCUAUUUCGUUUUUCUUUCUUUCUUUCUUUCUUUCUUUCUUUCUUUCUUUCUUUCUUUCCACCUCCCUAUUUUUAUCCUCUUUUUCUUCAUUCCCCUUUUCACCUUUUUUUUAUCGUUUUUAUUUGUUUUCGACUUUCGUUUUUUCUUACUUUCUUUUUUCUUACUUCCUUUCUUCUUUCUUUUCUUCUUUCUUUCUUUUUUCCUUUCUUUCUUUCUUUCUUUCUUUCUUUCUUUCUUUCUUUCUUUCUUUCUUGCUUAUCCACAUUCUCACCUGUUUCCCUCACUCCAUGUCUCACUCCCUUUCUCUUCUCAUUCCCCUUCUUUUAUCUUCCUUUUUCCGUUUACUUCCUUCCUGCCUUUUCUUCGCUCUCUCUCUCUCUCUCUCUUUCGCUCCUGUUUCUUUCCCCCACUCUCACUAUCUUCCAUUUCCCCUACCUUUUGCAUCCAUAUCUCUCUCUUUCUUUCUCUUUCUAUUUCAUUUGUGUAAUUCUUUCCUUCUUUCUUUCCUCCUUUUUCCCCUUUUCUCUACAUCUCACUUCCACAAUUCGCAUCUGAUUUCUCUUACCUCUUUUCUUCUUUUCCUCUUUUCUUUUUUUCUUCUUUUCUCCUUUUUUUUCUUUUCUUCUUUUCUUUACUUCAACGCUAUCUGA